CUCACAACGCACGCACCAAAACACGUGAUCCACAAACCUACUGUCCCCCCUCUCUCUGUCGUUUCUUCUUCCUGCCCUGCCCCUGCACUUAUAAAUCCCUAAACCUUCCAUCUUCCAAAAUAACCUCCAAUGGCGAAAACUUCAGAUCUCGAGCAGCCGCCGUACACGGCCUUGCCGGACCACCCCAGCCCCCCGCCGCCGCGCCGAAGGCUCUUCAACUUCUUCGCCAUUCUCUCUCUCCUUCUCCUCGUCUCUCUGGUUGCACUGAUCAACAAUCGGACCCCUCCGGCGCCUGCGCCGCCGUUUCGCCUUGCCAGAGGCGUCGCGGAAGGCGUCUCCGCCAAAUCGAACCCUUACUUUUCCGGUGGAGCCUUCAACUGGACCAACGACAUGUUCUCUUGGCAACGAACUGCCUUCCACUUUCAACCAGAGGGAAAUUGGAUGAACGAUCCCAAUGGUAUGUACCUUUCCAAAUGCGUUUUCCAUUUUUUUUUCCUUUUUCUUUUGGUUAAUUCGGAUUUUUCUGCAUAUUCUUCCAAUUUUCAUUGCGAUUAUUUUGGGUGUACGGGGAUGUGGGAAUGCGUCGAUUUCUACCCGAUAUCGGUCAACGGGUCGAAGGGUUUGGAUACGUCGGUGAGCGGGACGGGUGUGAAGCAUGUACUGAAGGCGAGUUUGGAUGACACAAAAGAGGAUCAUUAUGCAAUUGGGACAUAUUUUGGGGACAAUGAUACAUGGGUACCCGCCAACCCGGAAGAGGACGUGGGAAUCGGGUUGAAGUUGGAUUAUGGAAGGUAUUAUGCUUCCAAGACAUUUUAUGACCAAAACAAGGAGAGGAGAAUUCUGUGGGGUUGGAUUAACGAAACUGAUACCGAAGAAAAUGACUUGGAAAAAGGCUGGGCUUCUGUACAGACUGUUCCAAGGACAGUUGUAUUCGACCAGAAGACAGGGAGCAACAUAAUCCAGUGGCCGGUGGAAGAGGUGGAGAGCUUGAGAUUGGGCAGCACGGAUUUCAAUAGCGUAGUCGUCGGGCCUGGCUCCGUCGUGGAACUCAAAGUCGGCACCGCUACACAAUUGGACAUCUACGCGGAGUUCGAAGUGGAGGCGCUUGGGUCGGAGGAUGCCACCGGGUCCGGUGAUGGCUGCGGCGGCGGUGCGGCGGAGAGGAGUAGUUUGGGACCGUUCGGGGUGUUGGUUCUAGCUGAUGAAUCGCUUUCUGAGCUCACUCCCAUUUAUUUCAAUGUUGCCAAUUCCACUCGCCACGCUUACUUCUGCGCGGAUGAAAAAAGGUCAUCAAAAGCUCCAGAUGUUUUCAAACAAGUUUAUGGGAGCAGAAUUCCUGUUUUAGAGGGUGAAAAUUUCUCCAUGCGAGUAUUGGUGGAUCACUCAAUUGUGGAGAGUUUUGGACAAGGAGGGAGAAGAGUGAUAACAUCACGAAUAUACCCAACAGAAGCAAUAUAUGGGGCAGCGAAGCUCUUCAUUUUCAACAACGCCACAGCAGCAACUGUGAAGGCCACUGUGAAGGUAUGGCAGCUCAAUUCUGCCUUCAUCCACCCUUUUCUGAACCAACACAACCAGUACAUGGGGCACCUCAAUUCUGUCGCAAGCUUUGCAAAUUAAUGCUUCCCAUUCAUUUUGUUCUUUCUUGGACAGUUUUGAGAAUCUUGUGCUCAAUGUCAAAUUUUAUGUUUUUCACCAAUUAUAUGAUACAAGAAGAAGAAUCUGAACUA